AACAAAUUAUUGGAAGAUAAUAGAAAGAACAAAAAAAUCAUUUUUUACACAUUGAUCUAGAGUAAUCAAAGCAAAACUAUUUUUAAAAUUUAAUUUUCUAAACAGCUGAUCCAUGGAGUUCGACAGAUGUCUCUUUAACCCGGAGGACGAGAUAAGUCUUCCGGAAUUCUACCAAAAGUACCGGCAGUGUUUACCAAUGCUGGUGGUCGUUGUUGGAGGACACAAUGGAACAACGGAGUUUGACGACACGCCCAGUGACACCAUAAUACGAUACAACAAAUUCCAAAGUGUCAAAAGAGCCCUAGCGCAGGACCCCAAGACGAGGCGGAAUUACAUCAGCAUUCCUGUCAACGCGAAAUAUAAAUUCAACGUCAUCAAAUCAAUUUCCACCAAGAAUAAAGCUGACCACACACUGGCUGAGAUCUUGGACACGUACCCGUUACCUGUACUUAUACAGUUCUCCGAGUCUCAGGAGAUUCCCUCCGAGGGCAGAAACAGGGAAGGGACGCCCUAUCAGCUUCUUAUUACGCACGUGUACGAGGAAGUUUUCAUACAAGGGAAUUUUAUCACGGAAGGCAAGAUAACCAAACAUCCGUCCAGUUUUAGCCUGUGUCCACUAAUCUCAGUGGCCCCGAUUCAAGGUUUUACUGACCGAACAAAGAAGGAGUACGAUAAAUACCUCAAGAAGCUAGAGGGUUACGUCAACAAAAACACUGUGUUUUCUGAAAGUCAAUGCAAUUUAGCAAUCAAGAUUCUAAAACCCGAUGCAGAUGAACUUAAAGACGUUCUCCAAACUUACCAAAACGAGACUACUGUGAGCCACCCCCCUCCUUCAAUUCCUGUCAGAGGGCAGUCGCUCAAGAAAGCAAGACAGGAAGGAGAUGAUGAUGAUGGGGAGGAUUACGAGGUCAUGGAACAGCCAAUGGAAGAGGUCGACACAUAUCGGGUAGCGGCAGCGGCGGGAACGCCAAGUUACGUCAACGAUAGGUUGUGUCAAGUGAAACCAUUGGUUGCUGGACAGGAUGAUGCAGACGACGAGGAAGGGGACAUGUAUGAACCAAUGGAAAACCCUGAUGAAAAUACAACUCCUUCAAAACCUGUUGUGAUCAGUAAACCCGAUGAGACCCCUCCUCCUCCUAGACCUGUGGAAAAGCCUAACGUACGGAGUAGAUCCUUACCAAAUACAGGUGCCCCGACUCCUAAAGACACUACGCCUCCUGCUCGUGAAAGGGGGCAUUCAACGUCAUGUGCGGACGAACCUGAACACUGUAAAAAGCCAUUAGUAACAAACACCACAAACGCAUUCGAUAUUGAAGAGAAAAGUAUACAAGAUAUCGGAGAGGUUUUAUGCCGUUUGCGUUUGAAUAAAUACGUUGAAAGGUUUGAGGAAGAAAUGGUGGAUGGUGAAAUAUUAGCGGGACUAAGUGUUGAAGAUCUGCAGAAAGAGUUUAAUUUUUCGAAACUGGAGGCUAUGCGACUUUUCAAGUAUAUUGAAAAGGGACAUAUUCCUAAAUGAUUACU